AUGUCCGGAUCACUGAUUCCGGGAUCGAAUCCGGAUCGGAUUUCAUCUCCGACGAGCUCGAAGUCGGUGACGCAGACGGUGAACGGGUCGCACCAAUUCGUGAUACAAGGGUAUAGCUUAGCGAAAGGGAUGGGUGUAGGGAAACACAUAGCGAGUGAUAACUUCUCCGUCGGAGGAUAUCAGUGGGGGAUCUUCUUCUACCCGGACGGUAAGAAUCCGGAGGAUAACUCCGGGUACGUCUCUGUCUUCAUCGCGUUGGCUAGCGAAGGAACUGAAGUCAGGGCACUUUUUGAGCUAACUCUUGUCGACCAAAGCGGAAAGGGGAAGCAUAAGGUCCAUAGCCAUUUUGAGCGGUCGCUUGAUAGUGGACCUUACACUCUCAAAUACAGAGGAAGCAUGUGGGGAUACAAGCGUUUCUUCAGACGUAACCAGCUUGAGAUAUCUGACUAUCUCAAAGAUGAUUGCUUGAUAAUUAAUUGUACGGUUGGAGUUGUGGUUUCAGAAAUACACUGCCCACGGCGGUUACACUCCGUUCAGGUCCCUGAUUCAGAACUUGGAUCACAUUUUGGAGUUUUAUUGGAUAGCAUGGAAGGUUCUGAUAUCACUUUUGACAUUGCUGGCGAAAAGUUUCCAGCUCAUAAAUUAGUACUGGCUGCUCGAUCUCCAUAUUUUAAGUCUAAAUUCUUCAAAGAGCCUGAAGCAGACAAUACAGAGGUUACGAUCAACGAUUUGGAACCAAAGGUUUUUAAGGCUUUGCUACAAUUCAUAUAUAAAGAUUCUCUUCCGGAUGAUGUGGAGCCUGUGACAACUCAUACAUUUGAAAUCUUAAAGCUGUCUGAAAUCUACGAGACAUUGAUUGUAAAGCUUUUAGCAGCAGCGGACAAAUUUGACCUUAAUAGGCUUAGGUUAUUGUGUGAAUUUCAUAUCUGCAAAGGCGUAUCAGUCAAAUCUGUCGCCAAGAUCUUAGCAUUGGCCGACAGAUAUAAUGCUACAGAACUUAAAAGCGUUUGCUUAAAAUUUACUGCCGAGAACCUAGCAGCGGUCCUGGAGACAGACGCGUACAAGGAGCUGAAGGAUGAAUGUCUUUCCCUGCAGUCUGAGCUUCUGAAGGCGGUGGCUGGUUACGAGGAAGGCAGCAACAGUACCGGAGGAGCAAAGUCUCAGAGCGUGUGGGCUCAACUAUCAGACGGUGGUGGCGAUACAAGCAGCCGGCAUGUUAGACAACGAACCACCUAG